GGAGGUGGGUGAGUAUUCCCAGUUGUGCAGAAUUAGGAUCUGUUUGUUUUGACCCUCCAAACCAGAAGAAAAUAGAGCAGCAGCAGCAGCAGCAGCAGCCAUAGCCAAAGCCAGGAGAGAGUGAAGCUAGGGCUCGGAAAUGGAUGCUUCCGAUCAGCCUUCCGACGACACCGUCAUGUCAGAGGCGGCGCCGCCUCCUCCCAACACUGACCCGCCGCCGCAGCCGCAGCCGCAGCCUCAGCCUCAGCCUCAGCCGGCUGGAAUCGAGCACAUCCAGGCGGCGUUUAGCCACGGCGGACGAUUCAUCCAGUACAACAUCUUCGGCAACAUUUUCGAGGUCACCUCCAAGUACAAGCCUCCCAUCAUGCCCAUCGGAAAGGGCGCCUACGGCAUAGUCUGUUCGGCUUUAAAUUCGGAGACGAACGAGCAUGUUGCUAUUAAGAAGAUUGCGAAUGCUUUUGAUAACAGAGUCGAUGCAAAGCGGACUCUCCGCGAGAUCAAGCUUCUUCGCCACAUGGAUCAUGAAAACGUUGUUGCAAUCAGAGACAUAAUACCACCUCCCCAAAGGGAAUCAUUUAAUGAUGUUUACAUUGCAUAUGAGCUUAUGGACACUGAUCUCCAUCAAAUUAUUCGUUCCACUCAAGCAUUAUCAGAAGAGCACUGCCAGUAUUUCUUGUAUCAGAUCCUCCGAGGGUUAAAGUACAUUCAUUCUGCAAAUGUUCUGCACAGGGACUUAAAGCCUAGCAAUCUUCUACUGAAUGCCAAUUGUGAUUUGAAAAUAUGUGAUUUUGGACUAGCCCGUGUCACAUCUGAAUCAGAUUUCAUGACUGAAUAUGUUGUUACAAGAUGGUACAGGGCACCUGAACUGUUGUUGAACUCUUCAGAUUACACCACUGCAAUUGAUGUAUGGUCAGUAGGUUGCAUAUUCAUGGAAUUGAUGGAUCGGAAGCCUUUAUUUCCUGGUAGAGAUCAUGUGCACCAGCUACGUUUACUUAUGGAGCUGAUUGGCACCCCAUCAGAGGCUGAUUUGGGAUUUUUAAAUGAAAAUGCAAAGAGAUGCAUUAGGCAACUUCCACCUUACAACCGGCAGUCAUUAACUGAAAAGUUCCCACAUGUCCACCCCGCAGCUAUUGAUCUUGUUGAGAAGAUGUUAACAUUUGAUCCUAGAAAGAGAAUUACAGUGGAGGAAGCACUGGCACAUCCCUACCUGACGUCUCUCCACGACGUAAGUGAUGAGCCAACCUGCAUAACUCCUUUCAGCUUCGACUUUGAGCAGCAUGCGCUAAGCGAGGAACAAAUGAAGGAGCUGAUUUACAGGGAAGCACUUGCAUUCAACCCAGACUAUCAGCAGUAGAUCCGAAAACUUUGACUCACAUUCCUUUGUGCUUUCAAUGGAUGUGGUUUGGUUGGUGUCCCUCGUCUACAUGAAUUCUACGAUCCCCUUCUAAAUGUACAUAUGUGUUCCCCUUCAGAACAUGAAUGGAUGGCUCUGAAAGUAAAAAUGUUCCAUAACGGACCCAACUCUAGAGGCUUGUGGACAUCUGACUUGGUCUAUUGAUUGUAUUGGGGGCUUUUCCAAGCUCAAACCCCUAUCUUUUAUCAAACUGAUAUGUUGUGUUUGGGUUUGUCUCUAGAAGAUGAGAUUUGAGUUUUGAGAACAGUGGGAUCGAAAUAAUACCCUACUUGGGGUCCUAAUCUUUCA